UCGAGAUGAGUGAGCUGAGCAAGCCCAAGGAAGAUUUUCAGGACCCUGGUGAGGCCCAGGGCCCAGUGAAUGUACAGCUCUUGGGGGCUGAGGCAGGGGUGGCUGCAUCCGCCUCGGCCUCCUCCCCCACAGUGUCCUCCUUAGGCACUGGGGAGUCUUUGCCCCAGGAAGCACUGAAUGAGAUGAUAGCUAGCCUAAUGAAGUUCCUGCUCCUCAAGUAUCAAGCCAAGGAGCUGACCUCCCAGGCGGAAAUGCUGAAUAAGGUCCUCAGGGAUAACCAGGAAUACUUCCCGGUGGUCUUCAACCAAGCCUCGCAGUGCCUGCAGCUGGUCUUUGGCGUGGAAGUGAAGGAGGUGGACCCCAGGGAGCACAUCUACAUCAUGGUCCCCAUCCUGGGCCUCACCUGCAACGCAAUGCUGAGCAGUGGGCAGAGCAUCCCCAAGGCUGGCCUCCUGGUGCUGGUCCUCAACCUGAUCAUGCAGAAUGGAGACCGUGCCCCUGAGGAGAAGGUCUGGGGAGCACUCAGCAGAUUGGGUGUGUGUGUCGGGAGUGUGCACUGCAUCUUUGGGGAUCCCAGGGCGCUUCUGACCCACGUGUGGGUGCAGGAGGGGUACCUGGAGUACCGGCAGGUGCCUUACAGCCACCCCGCUCGCUAUGAGUUCCUGUGGGGUCCCCGGGCUUAUGCGGAGACCAGCAAGUGGGAAGUCAUGGCAUUUCUGCUCAGGGUCAAACAAAGGGCUUUGAGGACCUUCCCACUGCAGUCUGCAGAGGCUGCAAGGGAGGAGGAUGAGGUGGCCUGAGCCAGAGCAGCAUCCAGGUGAUCCUUUGCUCUGAGAUUGAAGAGGGAGAGGUCAGCCUUCUCAGAAGUGAGGGCCUGGGGCAGUUUGGGGAACCAGUGUAUCAGCUUCUUUGCAUUCCUGUUCUGUACAAUGACGUGGAGAUUCACCAGUUCUCCUUAGAAAAUUUUCAAACUUUGAUUGUUUUCAUAGAAGGCUAAAUAAACUUCAGUGUCUUAGCUUC